UUGGCAAAGACAAAAGGAAAAGGAGGCAGCGAGAAGCAAAGGGCUCUACAGCAAGUAUGGUGGAGACAGCAAGCAAGGGACCAUAUACAUUCUUCAGCUAGAGAGAGGAAGCAAAUGGCGGUGGUCUGCCGGACAAUGUGCUGAGUGCAGCUUCAGAGGGCAAACCAUAUACUCCUGCACAUCUCGUAUUGCUGUGCUCUGCACGCCAAUUUACUGAGGUGUACGUACAGCUUCGCAGAGCAAACCAAAUACUCCUACACAUCUCGAUCGCAUCUCUGCUCUGAUUUGGAGGUGGUGCCAAAUUUUCUCGAGCUGCUCUUCUUGUCUGCUGUUUGUUGAGGUGGCCGGCGAGAAAUCUUGGACUGAUAUGGGUUAGAUUCAUCGAAUUUACUGCUGCUCUGUUUCUCUCUUGGUCUUUCGUCGGAGGAAUAUAUUCAUAAGGAGCCCUCGUCCAUCAGUUGGAGAUUGAUUACAGUUCCUGGUUUUCUCUUGGUCUUCGGCAGAGGAGUUCACCAUGAGUCGUCCCUUUCAGUGGAAGUUCCACUCCACUUAUGUUGAUACCGCCAGAGAGGAGGUAUUGAAAUAUAUUUCACUUUUGGGCAACAGAAAGGUUUUCUAUUUUGAUGGUUGGAAUGGAUUUGGAGCGUCAGCCGUACUCAGAUCCGUAGCUGAAGUGCUUCCAUCUAGGAGAACCACUCCAGGACUAUGCUUUGACAGGGUAAUUUUUAUAGAUUGCUCAAAGUGGAAAAAUAGAAGAGCACUUCAGAGGGCAAUCGCAGAGGAACUGAAACUUGACAGCUCAGUAAUGGCCAGUCUGGAUAAGCAAGAUGAAGAGGAUGAUUUUCAUGGAGUUGAUGAAAGCUCGAGGAAUGAGAUAGACAGUGUUGGAGAAGUGAUCGCUCGAACCUUGAGUAGCACCCAACUCAUGACCAUUUUUCUUAAUGGAAGUGAUGCUGAGAUUGAUUUAGGUUCCUUUGGUAUUCCUCCAUUUGCAAAAUUUGGCAAGAAUACGAUGAUAUGGACUUUCAAAAGAAGGUGCCUGACCAUGAAUAAGCCUCGAGAGGAUCUAGAGAAGUUAAGAUACACCCAAUAUUUCUUUUACUUUUUUCCUCAAAUCAAACAAUUAACAAGUUGGUGGUUUGAAGCUAUAAUACUUGAAGAGGCUGUCACCAUUGUUGCUCACAAUCCGUGUCUGUUGGACGUCAACCCCACUAUUGUUGCAGAUUGUUUUCUCUAUGAGUUAUUCCUGCUUUAUAAUUUCCACAGUGCUACUAAAUCUGAUUGGGUUGCUCAUGCUUCCAACUAUUGGAUGUGUGAUGGGAUCAUACAAAGGGAUAGACCAACGGAUAUUACUAAUGCAUUGCACCGGGAGAUAAAUUGGGAAUGUGAUCCUUCUUUGCUUGAUGAUGUACUAAAGAAGUUCAUGAAAUAUUUGAAGCAUCCUUUUCUGGCAAUUAAAGAUGAUGAUGUGUAUGAAGAAGGCCCAUAUUGUUGGAUUUCAGUCACAUCGAGGAAUACAGAAGUACAUGGAAUGCAAACUAUACCAGAAACGUCAUCAUCUUUCUUCUUGGCAUUUGAAAGAUCCAAUCCCCCACAGACUUUACCAAAUGAAUUAUUUAAACAUUCCAGUCAACUUGGUGUGCUAGUUCUCUGUUGUUGCGCCUUCAACUUCACAUCACCUCCUUUCAUGAAGUGUCAUAGGCUAAGAUUCCUCGGACUGGACCACUGCAGUGAUGACAAAACAAUCACAGGAGAGGAUCAUACAGGGUGGUUAUGUUUGUGUAGCUUGUGGGUGCUUGACCUACGUUACACAAGCUGGAAUGAAAUCUUAUCUGAAGAAAAGUUAGAUCUCAUGACUAAUAUGAGAGAGCUAAAUAUCGAAGGAAUCAGGUGUUGGCAGUACACAGCUGUAUUACAGGGGCGGCUACCUAACCUUCAGAGGCUAAGAAUAACCAAACCGACAUGUCACUGUGAGACAUCAAAGGAUGUUGGUAACUCCUUUAUGGAUAAGACAAUUAUGGAAAUACUUGAUUUAUCAGGCAACAGUGAGAUGGAAAUUCUUCCAAUAAGCUUAUCAACGGCGGGUAACCUUCAAAUACUUGUGCUUGAUGGUUGUGAUGGUCUGAAAAAUGUAGCUGGCCCUAGUCAGGUUCCUCCCUCCCUCAAGUCCUUUAGCUUUGAUGGUUAUGGACCAGCUUCUCAAUGGACACAAACUGCUGAGCUACCUCCGAAACAAUUCCGUCCAUCUAGCAGAACGGAUAAUAAGGAAAUUCGAAUUUCCAAGAUAUCCUUAGAGGGCUGCACACAGUUGGAGAAUCUGUUCCUCCGUGGGCUACCGAACCUAGCAGAACUGGACCUGUCUGGAACCGCAAUCAAGAUACUUGACUUCAAUACUAUGGUGGUGGAAGUCCCAAGGCUCAAGCGGCUAUUUCUAAUAGGAUGCAAGCAUCUUCGUGCAAUCAUUUGGUCGGACGAGAGAAAACCCGAUCUAGAGUUGAUAUGCAUAGACACGCGUCCUGCAACCAUGUGUCAACGACCAUCCAUUGACAAGAAUAAAUCAUUCCGGUUGCAAGUGCAUGCUGUUAUUGUGGAUGCGAGGAUUACUCGCUCUUUGCGGAAUCUUUACAGCCGUACGGAAGUUUAUUUGAAUAUCCACAUCACCUCGUCACCUAUGUAUGAUGGAGACAUUGUAUCUGAAGCAAUCAACAAGGAUAAAAUCGACAACAGUAAUCAAGAGAGCUUGCAACAGCUUAUUCCAGCCGGCCGGUACAGAGAUGUCCUUGGCAUGGUCGGCGUUGCGCCGAUGCAAGCCUUCCCACAGCCUCCGACUAGAGAGUUGGAUCAACAUCUAGAGAUUGCUGAAGGGAGCUGCUACGUGGAAAGCGAAGUAGACAAAUCACUAGGUGAAUUGAUGCGGUAUUAUAUCGAAUCCCUGCAUGUGCACGACGUCUCAGUACGUGCCAUUAUGUCUCAAGCAUAUAUGUGGUGGGGCCAACUUAGGCGGUGCUGUAUGGAGAGGUGCAGCAAGUUGGAUGCCAUUUUCUCUUCCAAGUCGUAUGAAUUUGAUAAACUGGAGACCUUCUGGGCGUCGGAUCUUCUAAUGGCCCGCUCGAUUUGGAGUAAAGGGUUAUCACGCCUUUCUUACGAUUCGGAGCCUUCCUUCCAAUGUUUACAGCAUCUACACCUGCGCUCCUGCCCCAGGCUGCAGUCCGUGCUCCCGGUGUGGGUCUCCUCCUUCCCCAGCUUGGAGACCCUCCAUAUCAUCCACUGCGGCGACCUCAGCCACAUCUUCAUACUGGCUUCCGUCGGCGUAACCACCAACGGCGUACCAUUUCCGAAGCUGGCCACCGUCAACCUGCACGACCUCCCGAAGCUGCAGAAGAUAUGCGAGUCAUUCAACAUGGUGGCGCCCGCGCUGGAGAGCAUCAAGAUCAGGGGAUGCUGGAGCCUGCGCCGGCUGCCAUCCGUGGUGUCCCGUGGCCAAGGCAUACUGAAGAAGCCGACCGUCGAGAUCGAGAAGGACGUGUGGGAUGCUCUGGAGUGGGACGCCGGCCACCGGCCUGACCACUUCGAGGCGCCGGUCCACUCGCGCUUCUACAAGAAGAAUAUGCCCAGGGGCUCCGUCCUCAGGUGAUCAACUCGGUGCCGCUGUGUUUCUUCCGUCGCUUGUGUGCUUGCUUGGGCAGCUAAGCUGAUCUUGGUUGCUGGCUUAGCUGCUGAAACAUGGAAGAACGAUAUUCAGGGGGGGUAUUGGCCGUCCAUCCAUCGAUCGCCUCUCCCUGUUGUUGUGUGUUGUUGUGUGUUGUUUUGUUGCCUUAGGUGUGAGCUUAUGGUGGCUCUCACCAUCGUGGAUUGCAAAUAAGAAGCAGUCUGGUAUGUGGCUGCGUGCAUAGACCUGGCUGAUGUGCUGCGUGGCUUGCGAUUGAAGCGGCUUGCUGUGGAUUCCUGCGUGCAUCCACCUGGCUGAAUUUGUGUGUGGCUUGAUGUGUUUGGGCUUGUAAUUGAGCAGCACCAUGUGUAUGCCUGCGUGCAUCUACAUUUACAUUUGAGAGUGUGUUGUAUCUGAACAAAGAAACAGCUGAGAUGGUUGUGUGUGCUUGCCUGCAUGCAUCAACCUAGCUGCUUGUGUGAUUUGUUUGUCAUGCUUUUGAAAUAAAAAAAAAGGCAGCAGCUAUGUGUGCCAGUUGCUGCAAAUA